UUGAAUAGUUGUUCAACUUAGGCCCAUCUAUUUGCGGGCUGUAAAAUCUGCCGCCGGCCGAGCAUCAACCGAUGGAGUGGUCGCGCAUAAGUGAAGUGAUUGUACUAUGGGUGAAAGGGCGAAAGGGAACUCUGGAAGAAUGUUUAGUUAACGUUUUGUGUUAAAACUGGUCUUGGGUAGGUAUUCUUCUUGUACACUGGCGUGUCGAGUGGUAGAAAAAGAGUACGGAACCAGUCUCUCUUCUCUAUGUACUGCAGCUAAACAUAUUAGUGCACGUGUGUUGUUCGAUGAGUCGCGAACGCGAAGGUUUCUUUCUGUGUGUAAAAUCUAUACGUAUAUACGACGGCGACAAACGUGAUUUUUUUUCUCUACCUAUUAUCGUGAUGAAAUUCGCCGAAAUGUUUUACUUUAGUUGCUAAAUCGAUAAUGCGAUGAUUUUAUUUAAUUACGAUAGCGUAAUUUGUUUCGGUUAUUCGGCGUUUUACGAGUUUCAAUCUAGUUCGGUUGUUCGGUUAACGAAUACGAGCAUCGAAUGUUGUUCUCAGUGCAGUGUCGAUCGAUGAAGAGUUAAUCGUUUGAUGUAUUUGUUUUAGUUUUUUUUUUUUUUUAGAUCAUGUCGUAUUGAAGAUCGUUCGUAUUCGCGAUGGUGUUCGUGAACAGGUGCGCGUUAAUGUGUUUAACGGCCCAGUGCCUGAUUUUAAUCGCUGCCCAAGGCCCGGGCCCUGGUGCUAAGAAGAGAUCCCCGAAUUCGGACGGAUUCUCCACUCAGAUGCAAAGCAGAGCUGUCGACACGCGAGUACAGUUGGAAAUAUUGGAAGGACAACCUAGAGGUAGUGUCGUCGGCUCGAUACCAAUCAAAUCCGGAUUCACGUACAGAUUCAACGAAUCUCCCAAAGAAUUCACGCUGAAUGAGACCAGCGGCGAGAUUCGAACUACCGUCAUACUGGAUCGCGAGAGCUUAAAAAACGAUAGAUUCGAUUUGGUCGUUUUAUCUAGUCAGCCAACGUAUCCGAUCGAAGUACGGGUGCUGGUCAUAGACGUGAAUGAUAACGCUCCCGAGUUCCCCGAACCUUCGAUUUCGGUACUGUUUUCAGAAAACGCAGCCUCCGGUACGAAGCUUUUACUCGAUACAGCUACCGAUCGAGAUAUAGGUAUUAAUCGAGUUACAGAUGAUUACCAGAUCGUCUCCGGUAACACGAACGAUAAGUUUAGGCUCGAAGUGACCCAUAAUCCGUCCGGUGACACUUCCUAUCUGUACUUGAAAACAACCGAUAAACUCGAUCGAGAAGUAGUCGCGUUCUAUCAAUUGAAUAUUUCGGCUCGAGAUGGCGGCGUACCUACUCACUUCGGGUAUCUACAAGUCAACGUUACCAUACUGGAUGUGAACGAUAAUCCGCCGAUAUUCGCCAUCAGCGAUUAUAGCGCCCCGUUAAACGAAAGCUCACCGGUUGGUACCAAAGUCCUCAGGGUGCUGGCUACCGACGACGAUGACGGCGAUAACGCCAAGAUUAGUUACUAUUUGGCCGAAUCGGAACGUAGAUUUUCAGUAGAUGCCGAUACAGGAGAUAUCUACACAGCCGAGGUGCUCGAUUGUCCGCAUCAAAAUUGCCCCCAAAUGCAGCACGCUAAACGUGACAAAAGCUGUCCGAAAAGCUGCGUUUUCACCGUCUACGCCAGAGAUCACGGAUCACCUCAGCAAGACGGACGAGCUUACGUUACGGUCAACUUGCUGGACGCGAAUGAUCACGAUCCUGUGAUCAAAUUCAGCUAUUUUCCAUCCACAGCUCCUUACGCAACGGUUGACGAAAACGCUGCAAAUGGUUCGGUCGUAGCUGCUGUCUCUGUAGUCGAUCCGGACGAUGGUCUGAAUGGAGAAACCGUGGUGGCGAUCAAAGCUGGGAACGAAUUGCAUCAUUUUCGAAUGGAAUCCGGUCAGAGUUUCGAUCUGAUUCGAGUCAAUGGUGUGCUAGAUCGAGAACACAUCAAUAAAUACAAUUUAACUGUCGUAGCUUCGGAUAAAGGUACGCCGGCCAGGACGGUAACGUCAUUUCUGAUCAUCUACGUAAACGACGUCAACGAUCACGAACCGGUGUUCGAAAAAAGCGAAUAUUCGGCCGUACUCAACGAACUGGCUCCGGUCGGUAGCUACGUAGCUAGUAUCGCAGCCACCGACGAAGAUAGCGGAGUAAACGCGUUGAUUUAUUACAGCAUCGUCUCCGGUAACGAAUUCCGUUGGUUUAACAUGGAUCCGGAGACCGGACUGAUUACCACUAGAGCUGAACUCGAUCGAGAGAAAUCCGGCACAGUCGAAUUGAAGAUCUCAGCUCGAGACAGAGGUCCGAAUCCAAAAUGGGCUUAUACCCAACUGAAAGUAAGCAUUUUAGACGAAAACGACGAAAAACCUACCUUCGCUCAAGAUACAGUUAACAUCACAGUCAGCGAAGAUAUCGCCGAAAGCUCACCCUUAACAACUAUCUCAGCUGUAGAUCACGAUCAAGGUACGAACGGCAGCGUUAUCUAUUCACUGCACCCGGACACAGCGGCUAAAUACCCUUCAACGUUCAGCAUGCAAUCGCUUAGCGGCCAGCUAAUGGUGACUAAAAAGCUAGACAGAGAAACCAUAGCCGCGUAUCAGAUCAAAGUAGUGGCUAAAGAUCAAGGCUCUCCGGCGCAAUCUUCGACCGCUACUGUUUUUCUAACAUUGUCGGAUGCCAACGAUAACGCACCGGUUUUCUAUCCGAUCUGGUAUUUCGCUCGCGUUAACGAUACAACCGCUCCUGGUACGGCCAUCUUGACCGUAUACGCCAUCGACGCCGAUCUCAACGAUAAAAUUUCGUACAAAAUUGAAAACGUGGAUGAAGCCCCGUUCUACAUAAACGAACUAACAGGCACCGUUUACCUGAAAUCUCCGCUCAAUGGAGGCAAACGAGGCGAAAAUUCGUUCAAAUUGACCAUCAGCGCUGCCGACAAAGAGGGUAAAAAAUCCACUGCGAACGCGAUAGUCGAAAUAUUCCGAAAUAAUAACAAUAACGACGACGAGUUGGCUUUCGAGAACGAUAAUUACGUUUUUCAAACCCGCGAAGAUGACGGAUUACGAGAAGAGUACGUCGAACGAGAGUUAGGAAAGGUGAAAAUCAAAUCGAGGAAUUUCAAUUACGACGAUAUUCAGUUUUUCAUCGUCUCCGGCGAUCCCAAGCACAUGUUUGAAAUCGGCGAACGCAGCGGAGUGAUCAGAACGAGCGGUAAAAUCGAUCGAGAACACCAAUCCACCUAUAGUUUGACAGUGGUUGCUAAAAUGUCGACAGCUUUGACCAAAACUCGAAUCAAUAUCACCGUACUGGACUUGAACGAUAAUAAACCUCAGUUCGCUAACGAAAAAGAUCAAGUUAACGUGGCCGAAAAUACAGCUGUAGGACAGGAGGUUUUUCUAGUCCGAGCUAAAGAUAAAGAUUCUGGAUUGAAUAGUCGUAUUACCUACAGUAUGGCUUCGGAUUCGGACCAGUUUCGUAUCGCUUCCGAUUCGGGAGUUAUUUAUCUAAACAAACCGCUGAAAGUUGUCCCCGGUACGGUUCUCAAUGCUGAUAUCAAAGCCACCGAUUCCGGUACGCCGGCGUUAUGGGCCAAACACACGGUUUCGGUGACGGUAACCGAUGUCAACGAUCAUACUCCUAUAUUCGAAAAACAAUCCUACGAGAUCUCUUUACCGGAAUCUGUCACUGUGAACGAACGGUUCAUUCCUGUGGUUGCCUACGAUGAAGAUUCCGGUCUGAAUGGAGCCCUGCAGUAUAAUCUGGUCACCGGUAAUAAAGAUGGAAAAUUCGGUAUAUUUCCUGACGGAUACGUGUACGUGAAAAAGAAGUUGGAUCGAGAAGAAAAAGAUUACUAUUGCUUGACGAUCGAAGUGAAAGAUUCAGGCACACCGGAGCGUAGCUCGAACGUGCCAUUAAUCGUACACGUUAUCGACGAGAACGACAACAAACCCGAAUUUGUCAACACCAGUUUCAACUUCCAAGUGAAAGAAAACGAACCCGUAGAUACGUUCGUAGGUAAAAUAAACGCUCUAGAUAAAGACGUAGGCAGGAAUGCCGAAUUGACGUUCGCCUUGCUCGGUAAACAGACCGAUUUCAUCGUGGAUCCGAAAAAUGGGUUUAUUCGUACGGCUCGUACGUUCGAUCGCGAACUCCUCGUGCAGUCGACUGGGCAGAAUUUCGUCACACUGGAAGCAACUGUCAGCGAUAACGGUAUCCCUAGACUUCACGAUAAAGUCAAGAUCAAUAUUUUCAUCACCGAUGUGAACGAUAACGCUCCUCAGUUCCUCAGAUUACCGUAUAAAGUCUCUAUCUCCGAAAGCUCGCCUCUAGGUACCCAAAUCCUCAGGGUAUUCACCUCAGACGCCGACGAAGGACUGAAUCGAGACGUUUACUACUCCCUGGUAGCAGGCAACGAAGAACGAAAAUUCGUCAUCGAUAAAGCUACCGGCCAAAUAACCGUCUCUAAACUUCUAGAUCGUGAGAAAACCUCGCAUUACGAGCUCACAGUAACCGCUUACGAUGCCGGAGCUCGAAGCUUAAGCUCGAAUACAACUAUCAGCGUUGAAAUCACAGACGAAAACGAUAACCCUCCCGUAUUCCAGAACGUUAUAGCUCCAGUAUCGAUCCUCGAAAACGCACCGAUCAACAGUAAAUUAUACGAAUUCUCAGCCACCGAUCUCGACUCAGGAGUAAAUAGCGAAAUAUUCUUCUCGAUCGGAUCCGGCAACAGGAGAGAAUCUUUUCAAAUCGAUCCCCUCACCGGAGUGUUGUAUUUACGAAAGAAAUUAGAUUACGAAGACGUCACCUCGUACGUGUUAAACAUUACAGCCUACGAUGGAGGUAAUCCUCGUCUAUCUACAACCCUUCUAUUCACCGUCACCGUCGAGGAUUGUAACGAUAACCCGCCCGCGUUUCCCAGCACCGCUAUCGUUAGACAGAUCAGAGAAAAUAUACCCAUCAAUACUCCUAUCGUCACGGUCACCGCAGAAGAUCCAGAUUCCGGAUUAAAUGGUAAAAUUAUAUACUCGAUCGUGAAACAAGAACCGGCCGAAAACUCGACCACGUUUCAUUUUCAAAUCAACCCCAAAACCGGAGUCAUCCAUACGCAGCUGCCAAUCGAUCGCGAAACAGUCGAUACGUUUCGAUUAACUGUUCGCGCCACCGAUCAAGCUCCUCGCGAGCUCGAUCGCCUAUUCGCUGAGAAAAUGGUCACCGUGAUUGUCGAAGAUGUUAACGAUAACGCUCCCAGCUUCGUAUCGAUGAACGCCGCUAUCCUAAGAGCAAACGCUCCUGAUACGUUGAUCAUGAACGUUCUAGCCAAAGAUCCAGAUUCCGGUACCAACGGUAUGGUUACGUACGAUAUAUCCGGACUGAAUACAGACCUAUUCCAAAUUCAACGCAAUACCGGAGCGUUAAUACUUAGAAAACACUUACCCGAAAUUAAACCUAAAUACCAAAUAUCGAUUAAAGCUACCGACGAAGCUGUACAAUCCGAUAGAAGAUCCAGCGAUCAGUACGUAACGAUUAUUACACCGAGUUCGAAAAACGACGAACUCCGUCUAACCCAACACCUCAAAGGCGAUGUUUACGAAAACGAGCCCAUCGGUACCAAUAUUCUAACUGUUAAUGUCGAACCACCUUCCAACGAUAUCGAAUACUAUAUCACAAAUAUCACCGGAACAGGCACAACAACAACAACAGCAACAUCAACAAGUACGACGAUCGAAAAUCGAAUUUUCGAUAUAGAUCCCAAGCUCGGAAUUUUAUCAACAGCUGUGAUCUUAGAUAGAGAAUCUGGAUCGAAUUCGUACGAAGUUGAAGUCUUCGCCAUAGUCACCAAUACCCACAUACCUAUUACUGGAGUAACUAAGGUACAUAUCAAUGUAUUGGAUAAAAACGACAGUCCGCCAUCGUUUAGCGAUAUGCCUACGGAAUUUUCGGUCUCGGAAGAUGUACCAAUUGGUCAUGUCGUGACUACGGUCAAAGUAACCGAUCCCGAUACACCUACGCGUAUUACGUUUUCAUUAAUUGCCGGCGAUCGAGAAAAAUUUCACUUGGAUGCCGAUACCGGAGUGCUCAGCUUGACGGAUUUAUUAGAUCGAGAAACCAAAUCCAAACAUAAACUCAUCGUACAGGCUAAUGAUGGAAUUCAAAAAACUGAGGCAACGUUUACCAUUACGGUAACCGAUACGAACGACAAUCCGCCUAUAUUUUCCGAAUCCGUGUACUCGUUCGAUGUAGCCGAAAAUGACGGCAGAGGUACGAAAAUCGGCCAAAUUGCGGCGACCGACGAGGACGAAAAUGUUAAUGGAUUGAUCUCCUACACUGUAAUAUCCGAUUGGGCUAACGACAUAUUUUCAUUAAAUCCUCAAACUGGUAUAUUCACGUUGACCGCAAAACUCGACUACGAAGAGGUUCAACAUUACGUAUUUACAGUUCAAGCUCAAGAUUACGGUAGACCGGUGUUAUCAUCGACGGUUACUGUUUACUUCAACGUGAUUGAUUUGAAUGAUAAUCCACCGGUGUUCGAGUUCUCUUCGUAUACAGCCGAAUUAUUGGAAAAUGUCACCAUCGGUACACCUGUAGUGACAGUGACGGCUAAAGAUUUGGAUUCCGGUGACAAUGGACGUAUCGAGUACGAAAUGGUGAACGAAGAUAAAGAGAAUGAUUUUAUUAUCGAUCCAAAAAACGGUACCAUUUACAGUAACAGAAUGCUGGACAGGGAAACGCAUUCUGUCUAUAGUUUGACCAUUCUGGCCAAAGAUAAGGCUAAACCACCCCAGCAAAGAUUGACAGCUACUGUUCAGGUUGCAAUUACGAUAAAAGACGUCAAUGACAUGUCGCCGGAAUUUUUGAUCUCGAAUGAAACAUCGGUAGCGGAGAAUACCGCCAUCAAUACGGUGGUAACGGUGAUAAAGGCCGUGGAUAAAGACGAAGGUCGUAAUAGCUAUUUGGAAUACUCUCUGCCCGAUUCGGCCGCCGGUAUGUUUACGCUCGGCGGUGCAGACGGUUUGUUACGCGUAAAUGGUAAAUUAGACCGCGAAGCUAAAGCAAAUUAUACGUUGAAAGUAAAAGCCAAAGAUCGAGGAGAACCGUCCAGAUACACCGAGAUGGAGCUAUUGGUUAAGGUGCUGGAUGAGAAUGAUAAUAGCCCGGUAUUCAAUCCCAAACAAUAUUCGGCGUUUGUACCGGAAAAUGCUAGUAUCGGAGUUACCAUUUUACAGAUAUUCGCAAACGACGACGACGAAGGCCUAAACGGCCGCAUACGUUACACGAUCGUCGAAGGAGACGAAAAUCGCGACUUCAGCAUCAGCGAAGACAGCGGAAUCCUUCGGGUCGCCAAAAACCUCAACUACGAAAGACGUAACAAAUACUUGCUGACUGUAAAAGCCGAAGACAACGAAGGAAACUCGGACUUAAUCCUUCGAUCAGACGUGGCCACCAUUUCCAUCACCAUCACCGACGUCAACGAUAACUUCCCAGUCUUCUUGCAUUCGCCUUAUUACGCUUACGUAAUGGAAAACACAGUACCUCAACCGAACGGCUACGUUCUGAGUGUAAAAGCUGUCGAUUUCGAUUCGGCGCCGUUCAAUUCGCAAAUACGGUAUUUCUUGAAAGAAGGCGAUCUGGAUUUGUUUCGGAUAAAUGCUUCGAGCGGCGAGAUUUUUUUACUGGCUCCGUUGGAUCGUGAAAAACAAGCCGAAUAUGUGCUGAGUGUCGUCGCCAUGGAUGCAGGGAGUCCACCUUUGACCGGGUCUGGCACAGUUCACGUUUUCGUUCAAGAUGUAAACGAUCACAGUCCUCAAUUCGAGAGAACCGAUUAUGUGGCAUUCGUAGGCGAGAAUUUGCCAAUUGGUAGCGAAGUAAUACAUAUUCAAGCGGUCGACUCGGAUGCCGGAUUGAAUUCUAAAUUGAAGUACAGCUUGUUGGGAGAGCGCGUCGAAAGAUUCCAAGUGAAUUCCGAAACCGGUCUAAUAUCUACUAAAGUACUUCUGGAUCGAGAAGAUGUUAGCGUAUACCGGUUAACGCUUGUCGCCCAGGAUAGCAGUGUUACGGAGCCGAAAGCGUCGACCGUAAAUUUACUUAUCAACGUUUUAGAUGAAAAUGAUAAUGCUCCAGUUUUCGCCGAUAGCCAGUACAUCGUUUACGUAGCCGAUCGAAUACAAGCUGGUGAAUUUGUUUGCGGAGUGAUCGCCUCGGAUGCGGAUACCGGCGAGAAUAGUCGUCUAGAGUACUCGAUGAGCGGUACCGAUGUCGGCAGGUUUACGCUGAAUAGCAAAACAGGCGUUAUCAAGGCAUCGAAGGAGUUACGCCUGGAGGACGUAAAUGGCAUGUUUAAAAUCAACGUCCAAGCCACCGAUAAUGGAAAGUCGAAGAAAAGCUCUUCAAUCCAGAUCAUCGUUCGACUACGUCCAGCUCACCUGUUCCCAGUCAUCGUCACACCUAAAGAGAGUGUUUUCAUGUUACCGGAGAACUGCAGCCCUGGAAAAGUUGUUACUAAAUUGAAAGCUUCGUCGCCCAAAUCCGGCACUGCUGCAGUUAUUAAGUUCGCUAUUGCUGGAGGCAAUAUCGGCGAUGCUUUCAAAGUAGACGCGAAUACCGGCGAAGUUACCGUCUCCGAUGGCGAAUUAGAUUACGAGUUAUCUUCUCAGUACGAGAUUUGGGUCGAAGCUCAAGAUUCCGACAGUGUUCCGCUGAAAUCAGUCGUCUCGUUGUUGGUGAACGUGACCGAUGUGAAUGAUAAUGCUCCGGUAUUCGAGAACAUCACUUAUCACGGUUCUGUAUUCGAAGAAGAAUAUCCUCCGCAGAGUGUGCUCAAAGUCAAAGCUCACGAUCGAGAUUCCGGUAUCAAUGGCAAAGUCGCUUAUAAACUGAAAUCAGAUAGCAACGGAGCGUUCACUAUUAACUCGAAAACUGGCGAAAUAAAGACGAAAGUGAAACUAGAUCGCGAACAAAUCGAUAACUAUCAGUUGCUGGUCGAAGCCUACGAUGAAGGAACUCCAUCUCUAAGAACUACGGUCCCAGUUUACGUGAAUGUUUUAGAUAAAAACGAUAAUCCGCCCAAAUUCACGAGACUAUUCAGCGUCAACGUGACUGAAAAUGCUGGACCGGGUGAUUUCGUCAUCCAGAUCACCAUCUCUGAUCAAGAUAUAGGUGAAAAUGCCAACGCCACGUUCAGUUUUGCCGAAAAUCCAGGCAAUAAGUUCGCCAUAGAUGCUUCGUCCGGUAACGUGACCGUAGUCGGACCUUUGGAUCGUGAAGUCGAAGACGAAUACCUGCUCAAGGUUGUUGUGGUCGAUGGAUCAUGGAGAGCUGAGACUCCUUUAACCAUCACUGUCCAGGAUCAGAACGAUAAUGCUCCGGAAUUCGAGAACUCUUAUUAUAAUUUCUAUUUCCCGGAGAGUAAUCAGAACGGAGUAUUUAUCGGUCAAAUAAUAGCUCAAGAUAAAGAUAAACAAGGAGCUAACUCGCUAAUCACGUAUUCGUUGACUCAUCCUUCGGAUUACUUCUCGAUCGAUCCUAGCAGCGCUGAAAUAUUCUCCAAGAAACGAUUACGAUACAAGAACUCGAUGCUGGAUUCGAGUCCGGAGAAUCAGUACAGCUUCACUGUCGUAGCCACCGAUAAUGGUAAACCUCCGAUGUCGAACGAAUGCCACGUCACCGUCAACGUAAUCAACGCUAAUAACAACGCUCCGAAAUUCGAACGUAAAGAGUAUUUCUCCGCUGUACCUCAGACUGCUUCGAUAGGUCAGAAAAUAACCCGAAUCAGAGCUGUGGAUAGUUUGGAUUACGGUAUCAACGCAGCCAUCGAGUACACCAAGAUGGAUUCCAACGAUUCUGAUAUAUUCGCUGUGAGCAAAUCCGACGGCUGGAUCGUUCUGCAACGAUCUGCGAAGACAAUCAAGCACCUGACUCGAUUCGUGCUCCAGGUUCGAGCUUCAGAUCACGGAAUUCCACCGAAACACGAUCAAGCUACGGUCACACUGGUCAUCUCGGGUGAAAAUAACCAUUCUCCUGUGUUCUCAGCGUUGAGCUAUCAAGUCAUCGUGCCCGAAAACGAACCAAUCGGGUCGACUAUUCUGACCAUCGUUGCUACAGACGAAGACGAAGGACCUAACGGUAUGAUUAGGUACUCGAUGAACAAAACUGACUCGGCUGAUGACAAAUUCCACGUAGAUCCGGUCACCGGAGCUGUGAAAAUAACCCAGACUUUAGAUUACGAUCAAACGAACGAGUAUAAAUUGAACGUACUAGCUCACGAUUUAGGGUUCUCGAGCAGAAGCGCGAUUGCCACGCUGACUGUGUUACUGGCAGAUAUCAACGAUAAUCCUCCAGUCUUUAAUCGGUCCAUGUUCGAGGUCCGGAUCUCGGAAAAGCUCCCAGCUUACUCUGCCGUCACUCAGAUGCUCGCUACGGACUUGGAUUCGCCCAAAUACGCUAUUAUCAAGUACAGCAUUGCUGGAGGAAGUGGCAAAGAUCUGUUUCAAAUCGAUCCGAAUAACGGCACGGUUUACUCGUUGAUUAAAUUCGACUACGAAGAAAAGGAUAAAUACACGUUGGAGAUUAUAGCCUCGAAUCCGGACUCGACGAUGCAAGGAUCUACCCUGAUCAACAUGGUGAUCACCGGAGAGAACGAAUUCUAUCCUAGAUUCGUGCAACCAGUUUUCCACUACGAUAUAUCCGAAUCGGCUGCGAUAGGCAGCUUCGUCGGUACGGUUCAGGCUACAGAUCAGGAUGCCGGAGACGAUGGAAUAGUUUACUAUUUAUUCGUAGGAUCGAGUAACGAUAAAGGGUUCGCUGUGAAUUCCCUGACUGGAAGCAUUACCGUAUCAAAGCAUCUAGAUCGAGAAACGCAGAACCGAGUUGUACUCACAGUGAUGGCCAAAAACGCCGGAUCUAUUCGAGGUAACGAUACAGACGAAGCUCAAGUAAUCAUCUCAAUUCAAGACGGAAACGAUCCACCUGAAUUCUAUAACUCGAUUUACGAAACCGAGAUCGCUGAAAAUGUCGAAAUAGGUACCAAAGUGCUGCACGUAAAAGCCUUCGAUAAAGAUGUCAAACAACAACAUAACCAGUUCAGUUACUCGAUUAUAAAUGGUAACUUCGAUAAAGCUUUUAAAAUCGAUUCGCAAACCGGAGAAAUCGAAACGUCCGCUGUGCUCGAUCGCGAAACCAUGGCUAGCUAUAAUAUCGUGGUAGCCGCAAUCGAUACCGGAUCGCCUCCGGAAACUGGAACUGCUACUGUCAGGAUCGCCGUGGCUGAUGUCAACGACAACGGACCUGUGUUCGAACCCUCCGCGCCGGUGGGAUACGUGAUGGAGAACGAAGCCCCGGGUACGACGGUGAUGACCUUGAGUGCCAGAGAUCCAGAUUUACCACCUAAUGGAGCUCCGUUCAAGUAUAUUAUUAUGAGCGGAGUGUAUCAGAAUUUGUUCUCGUUGGAUAGUCAAAGCGGCGUUAUUACCACUACCCAGCCGCUGGAUCGGGAAGUUACUCCGCAGAUUGAUUUGAUGGUAUCAGUCGAAGACAGCGGCGAACCACGAAUGAAAUCACUACACAACAUCAAGAUCUUCGUCCAAGACCAAAACGACAGCCCAUCUACGCCCAGAUCAGUCCACGUGAUGGUUCACUCCUUCAACGAGCUCUUCCCGGUGGGAAAAAUCGCCAACGUACGUCCCAACGACGCCGAUCUAACGGGCGACUAUAAAUGUCGCCUUUUGAACGAUCCGCUCAGCAGAGGCAUCCUGAGUAUUCCUAUUGGCUGCGACUUGCACGCUUCAAAGGUAGCCCUCGGCAGCGGAUUCGCGUUCAGUGUGCUGGGAAAUGAUGGAAAACAUUCGGAUGUGGUUUCAUCGGUUACUGUGGAGUUCCUGUCGUUCAACAACAACACUAUCGAUAAUUCAUUGAUCGUUCGAGUGGAGAAUAUGACUUCUGUGAAAUUCCUGUCGAGAUACUAUAAGGAGUUCUUGGAUACGUUGAGGAAUGUUUCGAAUAACGGCGAUACUCCGUUCUUGUUCAGCUUGUACGAUAACGAUGACGGGCUCGAGAUAGCUUUGGCGAUGAGAGACGGUGGAGAUGGGUACAGAAACGGAGAGCAAGUACGUCAGAGGUUGACGAAGAAGCAGCAUUUGUUCAAGCAGCUUUUCCAGUCGAACGUUAUCAUCGGGUAUUCGCCUUGUAAAAAUAAUAUUUGCGAGAACGGAGGCGCCUGCCGAGACGAGAUUAUGGUCAUUCCGGAGACAGCUAUUGUCGACAGUCAAGCUUUGGUGUUCACUUCUCCUUUGGUACGUCACGAUUUCGUGUGCUUCUGCUCGGAAAGCUACAUGGGGAAGAAAUGCGAAAAAAGGCAAGAUCCUUGUACACCGAAUCCGUGCCAAGCUGGGGGAAUGUGUCGAAAACAGGGUGUGGAUUUCCAAUGCCAAUGCCCUGCUAAACGCAAAGGUCUGCUGUGCGAAGAGGAGAGGAUCGAUAAAUGCGACGAGAACCCUUGCCAGAACGGAGGCUCUUGUCGCGAGAGUCCGGACAGCUCUAGCUACUUCUGCCUGUGCCGACCGGGCUACCGAGGUAAUCAAUGCGAAGUGGUCGCCGAUUCGUGUCGACCUAAUCCGUGCCUGAAUGGUGGCUUCUGUGUGAGUCUGAAACCCGGUUACAAGUGCAACUGUCCGGAAGGUCUGCACGGAAGACAUUGCGAAAAAUCAACUUUCGGAUUCGGCGACUUAUCGUACAUGACGUUUCCCGGCUUGGAUUUAAAUACGAACGAUAUAUCGGUAACAUUCGCGACGAUGAAAUUGGAUUCCCUUCUGGUGUACAAUUACGGCCUGCAGACCGGCGGCAGAUCCGAUUUCGUCGCUUUAGAACUGGUCGAUGGGAAAGCGGUGUUUUCUUACGGCGGGACCAGGACGGCUAUUACUUCCAUCGCUGUACCACAAAAUUCAGCCGCCAAUUCAUUGGCCGAUGGAAAUUGGCAUAAAAUUACGGCUACACGCAACGGCAGAGUCGUAUCUCUAAGCGUGGCUUUAUGCACGGAAAACGGAGAUAGUUGUCAAGAAUGUAAACCUGGAGAUAUAUCAUGUUAUACCGACGAUACCGGUCCUUCGGGAACUUUGAACUUCAACAACAACCCACUCUACAUCGGCGGUCUCUCAUCAGCAGACGCCAUCCUCGAACGACCCGGCCAAGUACAUUCGGACGAUUUCGUUGGCUGCAUACACAGCAUAUCGAUCAACGGACGCCAUCUAAACCUGAGCAAUCCAAUAAAAUCAUUCGGAGUCGAACCGAUCUGCAACAGAUCGUCGCAAAGUGGAUGUCGCAGCUACGGUAACACAAUCGAAAGCAAUUCAAUCUGUGGCUCGGGUACAUGUCACGAUCAGUGGAAGAAAGUAAGCUGCGUUUGCGACGAUUCCGGCGCAGUAGCUCCUAAUUGCAAUUCAGCUUUGGAACCGGUCACUUUGAUGGAUGGUGGAUUCAUCGAGUUCAAGAUUUCGGAAAAGCACAGACGUCUGCAGUUGCUGGAGAAUAUAUAUGGGGGAUCAACGUUGUGGUAUUCGAGAUACGUGUCUGUGGAUCGAUCACGAAGACAGUCGGAGGAGAGAAGUGAGAAGAAUUUGAAAUACGUUAGUCUGACGUUCAGAACGAUUCGAUCGAAUGGGUUGUUAUUGUUUUUCGCUACUGAUAAGGAUUUCACUUCGAUUGAGAUGAUCAACGGUCAAAUCAUCUACCGAUCAAAAUUAGGCAAAGAGACACCGGUCAACAUGUCAGUCGACUCGAACGGUAUAUUAUCGGACGGCCAAUGGCACCAUUUGAAACUAGAAGUGCACCAGCGAAUCUUUAGAGUGUACAUCGACAGCGAAAAAGUCGGCGAAGAGUUAGACUCGGAGAGUGUUCACAAUUUCUUAGACCCUUACCUCACCAUCAUGUCUGUUGGAGGCGUCAGUAAAGAAUACAGCACCUUAAACGAUUUUUCAGCCACAGCAUUCUCCGGUUGUCUGGGAAAUUUCACGGUUAAUGGCGAAAUCCAACCAUUCAGCGGAUCCGGAAGUAUUUACCAAGAGGUGGUUCAUCAUGGCAAAGUAUCCUUAGGGUGCACCGGACCUAUCGUCAGUGGCGCUGUAUCGAAUCCAGAUCCGUUGAGAAUCGGUGUCUCUUUGGUCGUGGUGUUCUUUAUGACCCUGCUGGUUGCCAUUAUUGUCAGCUUUAUGGCGUUUCGGUUGAGAAAACAGAAGAAGGAGAAACCCAGUGUCGGUCAUCUGAAGCAAAAUGGCGUACCGAAUGUUAACAACGGAGGUGUGAUCUCAGGAGCAGGAGAUGUGAUCAGAACAGCGUUACAUAAUGAUUCGACCGUGCCUCCUUAUAUGACCGAUAAUGGGGAUAUUAUCAGAGGUGUGACGGGACAUCAUAUGGUGGCUCCGGAAUUGAUAUCGAAAAGAUUCAAAGAUCAAGAAAUGACAGCCAUGGAGCAGAUCCAACGAUCUCAACGGCCAGACAUCAUCGAACGCGAAGUAGUCGGUAAAUCGCCCCCUCCGAGAGAAGAACACCACCCACUACCUCCUAAACCAGCUCAUCAUCCGCACGAUUCGAGUCACUCGCAAGGUGAUAAUGAUCUACCGGAGCAUUACGAUUUAGAAAAUUCCAGUUCAAUAGCGCCUUCGGAUAUAGAUAUAAUUUGUCAUUAUAAAAGUUAUAGAGACGGCGGUAAUAUGAGAAAAUAUAAACUAGUCCCUCCUCACGUGCCUCCUCCGGCGGCUUCGUUAUAUCAUAAGCAUAAUAUUCAGCCGAGACAUUCGCCUCUGCAUGGUAGCGGUUUCGCGGUACAUUCGCGAGAAAAUUCACAUUCGCAUUCGGUGGUUAGACCUCCGAUGGUUAACAGAGUCGAUUCGCCGAAGCAGUUGAAUCUGCAGCAUCAAAGUACUCCGCUGGCGAGGCUCAGUCCUAGUAGCGAAUUAAGCCAACAGAUGCCGAGGAUAUUGACCUUACAGGAUAUCAGCGGUAAACCUUUACAGUCAGCCUUACUGGCAACCACAUCGUCAUCCGGAGGCGUCGGCAAAGACGCCCUGCACACCAACAGCGAACGUAGUCUGAACAGUCCAGUCAUGAGCCAGCUAAGCGGUCGAAGUUCCUCCGAAAGUCGCAAAACCGCCGGUCCUCCUAGUCACGAUAACAGCGCCGACUCGAACGUCGGCCUUAGCAUAGGUUCAGGCAGAUUAUCAGCUCAUCCUCGUAAUUCCUCAUUAGUCAGCACCUUGGACGUGGUCUCUUGCUCGAGUGGCCGCGUAGACAACCCUUCUAAUUCGCAUCAUCAUCUGCAUCACAAUUCCACCAACGUUGUCGACGAUAACCAUAGCUCAACUUCGACCGACGAAAGUGGCAACGACUCGUUCACGUGCUCGGAGAUCGAGUACGACAAUAACAGCGUCUCUGGCGAAAAGUUAACCGAUGUUAUAUUAAAUAAUCUAGCAGACGAUGACAGGAACCGAGGAAGGAGCAGUGACCGUAGCGGGUCUAAUAAUCUGCCCCCUUUACCACCUUAUAGUAAUUUCGAUUCGUCGUUUCGAGGCUCUCUGAGUACAUUGGUAGCCUCGGACGAUGAUAUAGCCCACGUACCUAUGUUCAGACCACCGAAUAGUUCACCUUCUUCGAUACCAACAUCCUUAGGAUGGGAAUACCUGCUGAACUGGGGGCCGAAUUUUGAAAACUUCGCAGGCGUUUUUAAAGAUAUCGCCGAGCUACCGGAAUCUGUAAAUAAUCGUAUGAACGGCUCUCUCAGGUCGCAGAAUAAAAAUAAGUCUUCCGAAGAAUACGUAUAGUUGUGUAAGUUGUAUUUUUUUUCUUUCUUUAUUUACAAUUUUUUUAUAUUAUUUUUUCCUACAUAGACUGAUACUUACUUUCGAUUUUCCUCUCUUUUUCGUAUUGUGUAUAUUAUUUUGUAAAGACUGCGUUGUGUAUAAUCAAACAUAUGUACGAUAAAUAAGUUGAAAUCGUCCUCGAUUGCGCAUUUAUUAUUUUCGUUUUCUUCGUAUUAUUUUUUUUAUUUUAUAUUAUUAAUUUUUACGUAAAUAUUCGAGUCAUUUUGUUGAAUUUUUUUAUAAGGUAGUUUUCUUCUAUACGUAUCGUAGUAACUUUGGAUUUUGGAAUAACCUCGUGGUUUUUUUAAUUACCAUUCGCCUGUGGUAGGUUUUAUUUUAUAUGUAUUUUUUUCUUCUUCUAAAAGUAUCUUGCUGCAAUAUAACGUCGUUUUGCCAUUUAACUUUUAUAUCGAAAGUUACCUUUUUAUAUAUUUUUUUUAAAUGCAGAAUUCCCACAUUCCAAAGUACGAUUUAAGAUUUUUCGCCAUUUUUUUUUAAAUACGACUUUUUUUUAUUUAAUUAUUAUAUACGUAUAGUUUUCAUUGUGAUAUUAUGUACUAAAAUUUUUCUUUAUUGUUUUUUAUUUUUUUUGGGACAUUUUUCGUCUUAUUUAAUUUAUUGGAUUUUUUUUGAAAUGUGUUUUUUUUCAUAGUGCAUUUCUUCGUGUAUUUUUUUUUCUUUUUCGUAUCGUAACUUUGCAAAAAUUUUUACAAGAUUUUUGUUACCAUUCUUUCUUUUUUGUGUAUAGUGUAAGUGUUCUUUUUUUUUGUGUAUUCUUUUUAAAAGCCAUAACACUAGUGCCAAGUCAGAUUAUUUUAUAAUUUGUAUUAUAUUUAAAUUAAAACUGUUUUGUACUUACAAUUAAAAUUUUAUUUUGAAAUUUU